CAGUUGCAGCAACAGCUGCAACAGCAACAGCAACUGCAGCAGCAGCUACAGCAGCAAUUGGUGCCACCAGCUCCACCGCAACCUGCGCCACCGCCUCCGCCCAAACCAAAGAUAGUCAAUACAUUUACGGAAAUUCCUGGCACCACGGGUGUGGGAAGCUCGUAUGCCAAGGAGCAGCAGCAGCAGCAGCAACUGUUGGCCCUGCAGCAGCAGCAGCAACAGCAAUUGCUGGCCCUACAGCAACAGCAGCAGCAGCAACAAAGGGAGCUGCAUCCACCCACCACGCAUAUACUGCCACCCUCGGCUGUUUACAGUAUCGAGAGCAGCGAGGUGUUGCCCACAGCUGCGCCGCGAGUGCAACAGCAGCAGCGUUCGCUAAAUCCCGCCUCCAUUGUGAACCAGCCGCUGCCCGAAAUUCCCACCAAUCAGCAACAGCAACAAUCGAAGAUCUCCGCUCAGCCGCUGUGCGCUGCCAGUUUGGGCCAGUACCGCUCGUUGCAGCGUCCGCAAGCGCAGAAAUUGCAGGCCGUAGCCACGCAGCCGCAGCAGCAGCAGCAACCGCCAACGCUGCCGCCCAAGAACAGGCACAAAACGGGCAGCAAUCGCGACAACAGCAAUGCCAAUCAUAUGCAGACGUUGCCGCCAAAGUCGGCUAGCUUGAGGCAGCAGCAACAGCAGGAGCGGGACAGAGACCGCGAGAGGGAGAGGGAAAGAGAGCGGGAGCGUCCCCGGCGGGCGGAAACUUUGGACAAUGCCCGCAGUUACAUAGAGCAACAGCAGCAGCAGCAGCAACAGUAUCCCAGCCAGUUGAUAACCGGCAGCAACAUUAAGAAGCAGCACUCCUACGACAGCAGCUACCACCAGCAGCAGCAGCAACAGCAGCAAUUGGCCUUCUACCAAAGGCAGCACAACAACAACUUCUCCACGAAACAGCAGCAACAAUUAUUGCUGGAGCAACAGCAGCAGCAACAGCAGGCUCUGUUCUUUAGGUCCUUGAAGCGAGGUGAACGGGGAGGAGGAGGCGGAGGAGGAGGAGGAGCAGCAGCUGCCACCACCAGCAACCAUAGCGAUCUGUAUUCGGUGACAGAGUUGUAGGAGUGCGCCUGCUGCGGCGGCGGUGUGGAUGUGGUGCGCCGAGGCACUUCAUCCACAUCGCUGCACGCGGCGGCGGCCACACAAACUCAGAGCCAAAACCAGGCGCAAUCGCAGAACCAGGCGCCCGUUCCCCUGCCACCCAAGAAGCAUCGCCAAAGGGAAAGGGAGCGCGAGCGGGAACGGGAGCAGCAGCAGCAGCAGGUGGCCACCACCGCCUGCAAUGCCAAUCUGUGCGAGGAGCAUCAGUACGAUGAGUACUAUCCAGGUGGAAACGGAGGAGGAGUGGGUGCCACUGGAGGAGGAGCUGCAACUGCAAGCUCUAACUCCAAGCAUGCAUCCUCAGCAUCCAAGCAAAGCCAGCAGAGGGCAGCCACCUUCGAUGUGGCCGAUGCUAGGGACUAUGAGCUAAAGCGUUUGGGCAAUCGCAGAUCCCAGCAGCAGGCAGCUCCCAGUAAAAGAAAUGGCGGAGGAGGAGCUGCUGGCCAAGAUUAUCAUCGCAGCCACGAUCGCGAGCGCUCGCGCAGCGAUCAUCGCAUUGCCAGCUAUGCCUGCGAGGAGGUCAAUUCCUCGGCCCUCUGCAGCGCUGGCUCCAUGAGCUCCAUGCUGCAGCCGACCAAUGGAACUGCUGGUCACACCAGGAGCAGUAGCCAUCACCAUUCCCGGGAUCAGCAGCAGCAGCAACAACAACAACAGCAGCAGCAACAGCGGGAGCGACGCGAGAAGACCUUCAAGGUAUGAUUUUUAGAGACGUCAUAAGAAUUGUCCAAUCCGCGCCAGGACACCAGAAAUGGCAGCUCCAGGCGGCGGACGCGUUGAGGGGUAAAUGGAAAGCGAACGUGACGGAUUCUACAGCGAUUACAAUUGGAGGCAAAGCAGCUGGGAAAAGUGAGCGCAAGCGGAAGCGGAAGAAAUUGCUUUGGAAAUUGGAGAACCCUGCCUGUUUAUGUUUAGAUGUCUCUGUCCCUCUCUAUCAACGCCUUGUCUCGGUCACACACAACGAAAUGAAACGAACUCGCACACACACACACACAUAUAUAUAUAAAUGUAUAUUGUACAAAAUUCAACCUAUUCUGAUUGAUUCAAAACUGCAAAAGCUGCUUAAAAAUGUGCUCAAAUGUUAAGGGUAGCGGUCAAAACAAUAGUAAUAGUACCUUAUAAUUCCCAACAUUUUUUUUUGUACAUUUCAUAUAAUGUAUUUUUGGUUGGUCAUUAUUAUGCAAUAUUUAUACAAUUUACAAUUUCCUACUACAUUUGCAUUAUGUAUAAGCAAUGUCUACAAGCCUUCUUUUUAAUUUUUCAAGAUUUUUUACUAUUAUUUUAACCGCUGCUGUGCCGCAUAAAGCCGUAUACAAACCUACAUCAGUUCUCUGCUCUGUGUUGUUGCCUAUUGUUAUAUAUAUAUAGUACAUAACUAAGAUCAACCAUAACGAAAAUUUUUUUUGUGACCACUAUUCAUACAUGUAUAUUUUAAAAGCCUUAGUUAAGUACACUUUAGUUUUAAGCACAAAUUUAUUUAUUUACAACAGAUUGUAAGCCUCGAACCCAAAAAAUAUGAUCUAAACCGGGGGAAAAAGCGGAUAGAGACAGUCGGCGAACGAUUGCUAGGAGCUCUUGAACAUUAACAAGUUGUUUGCAAUAUUCUCGAGAAUCUAGUUCCGUCUUUGUCUCUCGCUUUUUUUCGCCAUUAAAGAACUUUUACUUUCAUUAGAAGUGUGUGUGUUGUUUUUAUAUUUAUUAUCCAUUUUUUUUACUUGCAUAAGCGAUUUACGCUGCAUUAUUUUAUUGUUUGAGAAUCCGUUGCGAGAACCAACAACAACAACAACCACAGCAACACGUACGUAAAAUUUUUGUGACGUCAGAAAUCUAAAAACAAACUAAGAAAAACCAGCAGCAACAACAAAGCACAAGACAACAAAAACACAAAGAAUAAAACCACAAGGAAGAAAUAACAACUUAAGCGGAAAACAUUUUACAAAACAUAACAUAAUAUAAAUUGAAAGUUUAACAUUUUAAAGAAGCAAACCACAAGAAAAGAGAGUAAGUUCUUAACUCAAGCAAUAUAAAAAUAGGAAAAGACGAAAACGAAAAGAAGCCAUACCAAGUUGUUCAACUAUUUUAAAAAUGAAUUCAGCAAAAUGAUAAACAAGCAAACUUACAUAUACAUAAACAUAAACAUACAUUAAAUGCAUACAUACUUAAUAUAGAGCAAGCAUAAGGAAUAUUAAUUAAUCGACAAACAACCACAAACAAUGUUCAGGUCAAUAACUGCAUUUAAAAGGAUAAAGUAAAAGAAGGAAACCCUCGUUAGGCAUACAAAUUAACGAAAUGCUCUUUUAUAUACAACUAUAUAUACAUGCAUAUAUAUAUAUAUAUAUAUAAAUAUAUAUUAUAUAAACGAAUUGCAGUUACCCAAAACACAGACAGCCAGACAAACCAUCAAACACAAACAACAACAAAAAACAACUCACAAAAGUUGUUGGCACAAUGGCAAACACACACAACCAUUUUAUAAAAACUAACAUAAUUAUCUUACACACAACACACUCAUACAUGCGAACAGUUGUGGGAAAAAUAAAUGCAGUGCCAUUAGAAUUUCGAAAAAUUGAAUAAAAUGUAAAUUGUACCAAUUGUUUAAUUUUUUUUAUGUUUUACAAAUUUAUUUAAAGGGCUAAGGUUAAGAGGAAUUUUACCAAAACUAUUUUGUUUCUAACAAAUAAAGAAAAAAAAAUAAAGAAUUAAAUUUUGUGAACAUUUUAAACUUAAAUAGACUUUAGUUUUUAGUUUAAUUAAUUUUCGAAUUAAAUGUACUUCAAAUAAGGCAUUUUAAAAAAACAUUUUUUGUGCGAAGCUCUACGCACUAAGGCCACACUUUUAUUUUGACCGCAAAUGGGCACACAAGCGAAUUGAAAAAUGCCAAAAACGGAAAAUAAAGUAAAAAAUGUAUUCUCUCUGCUGUGCAGACGCAAAUAUAGAAAGAAAAAAAACCACUUCAACCAUGUUGAGAAAUCGCAACACGCACACACAACACACACUCGCCAAUACUCCGUCUCAUUCGCUCUCCUACUCUGUCUAUCGCGCUGUCUCGCUCUGGGCGUUCCACCCACCACCACCCACAAGUCCGUUGUAGUUUGCACAGGAAAUAUAUUAGCAAAAGUAAACACACGAGGAGAAAAGUUAGUUGAAGAAAUGUUAGAACACUCUAAGAAAAAGAAUGCAAAGCCUGUUCUGUAUAUAUAUACGUACGAUCUACCUAAUUCUAUAUAACUAAGUAGUAGUUUUUGUGUGACUGUUUGUGUGUGUGUGUGUGUGUGCGAGGUUUGCAUAUAUUUAUAAAGUGUUUUUUUUUUUUUUAGAAAACUCGAAAAGCAAAAAUGUUUCAAUGUUUCGUAUGUAGUGUAGUGUAGUGUAGUUGAGUCGAUAAGCGAUAAGCCAAAAUAGAUUUUAAAGCCCUAAAACCAAGCAAAGGAUAUAGAAUCUGUGGGAUAAUACCAAAAAAGGCAGCUAUUUACUUAUAGCAUUUAAAUUCUAAAGCAAAAGGAAACUUAUUAAAUAAACACAUUAAAUCAAACGCAAUUAAACACGAAACGUGUGUGUAUGUACCGAAAAAAAGGUUUAAACCAAAGUGUUUGCCACGUUUAAGCCAUUGAAAAAUAAAUUGGAGACUAUAGCGCACUUUUUCCGUACUUUAAUUGACGCAAAAACCAUCUAAUUAAUGGUAUUAAAGUGAGUAGAAGAGAGCAAACUACUACGUAUUCCAAUCUUAUAUAGUAAACGAGAAGUAAGACGAGUUUUAGAGAAAUCAGUUUUUAAGAUAAUGGACAAGAUGAUAUUUCCUGUUUAGCCCUUUUAAAACUGACAUUCACCCCAUCCAUCAUCCUAAAUCCAAAAUCCAAAAUCCUGUUGACACAUUUCAGUGCAUAUUAUAUAAUGCAUCUAUACAUAUAUAAAUAAACCAACAAAUAUAUAUAUAAAUACAUAAUUAUUGUAAUAACAAUAUAAGUCUGUAAAUUUGUUAACAUUUCUAAAAGCAAACAAAAUCGAUGGGGGCAAAAGGAAAAUUAGAAGAACGUCACCCAGUAGUUGUAGCUAAACCAAAUUACAAUUAUACAAGAAAAGAAUCUAAAAAAUACGAGCGAAAACCAGCCACUCGCGUAAAAUCAUCCAAAACGUGAGAAUUAUAUAGAUUGCAGAUUGGUCGAUAAAAGCGAAUCGAAAUCGAAGUCGAAACAAUUGUUAAAAGCAGCCGCUUAAAAAUCAAAACAAAGCAAAACAUUAAAUGAAACGAAAAAUGAAAAUAAUUAUAUAACAGUUGUGAACAAAUUAUAUUUACAUAGCGGAUAAAUAAAUUGCAUAACAAUUGAUCAAAAUACAAA